CCUUGUGUCUCUACUCCCAUCAUCCACCCCCACUCUCCUCCACGUCCCGUUGCACAAUGGCCGACCGUCUCGCGCAGGUAUCUGGUCAUCUUUCGAACACGUACUCGCGUGGUUUGCUCGCUGGGGAGGUUGCUAUCAUCACUGGCGCAGCGCAAGGUAUCGGCCGCAGUGCUGCUUUGCUCUUUGCGAAAGAAGGCGCGAAAGUCGUCGUGACGGACUUGGACGAGAAAAAGGCGCAAGCCGUCGUAGACGAGAUCAAGCAAGCGGGCGGUGACGCUCUUGCCAUCGGCGGCGAUGUCAGCGCAGAUGACUUCCCGCAGAAGGUCCUCGAGGCUACCAUAAAGAAGUAUGGUAAACUGAACCACAUCGUGAACAAUGCGGGCUUCACGUACGACCGCAUGCUUCAUACAACGCCUGACGACGCGUUCGACAUCAUCAUGAAGGUGCACGUACGUGCGCCAUUCCGUCUCAUCCGUGCGGCCGCCCCGUAUAUGCGCAUCAAGGGCAACACUGAGAACCGCUCCAUCAUUAACGUUUCUUCUGUCUCCGGCCUCCAUGGUAGCGUAGGCCAGGUCAACUACGCAUCUGCCAAAGCUGCUGUUGUCGGCAUGACGAAGACCAUUUGCAAGGAGUGGGGCCCCUUCAACGUCAGGGCGAACACCGUCGCCUUUGGCUACGUCCAGACUCGGUUAACGGCCGCGAAGGAGGAAGGCGCGACGAUCGAAAUCGCGGGCAAGAAAGUCGCGCUCGGUAUCCCGAAGUCGCAGACGGCCGUCACGGGAGGCGCAAACCCGAGCGCGCUCAUCCCCCUCGGCAGAGGUGCGACGCCCGACGAGGCCGCCGCGGGCAUUCUCUUCCUUGCUUCACCACUCGCCUCGUAUGUCUCGGGACACACCCUUGAGGUCACGGGUGGGCAGGGCAUUUGAGCGGGAAACAUUUUGUUCUCUCUCGUGUGUUGUACUUGAUAUUGCAUCAGGAAUAUAUGCGGAUGUACCUGACGGUCAACUCGGGGAUUGAAUACCACGGUCGGUGUCGUGCCGGCGUUCAUCUCCUCGAUAUCGAUGAACGGCGGAGUUGUGUCUCUGCCGGAACAAUCAUUCGGACAGAAUGGACAUUUCUGUGUUCCGACGUCAUCUUCCGUCUUACCUAACCAUGCGGACGGCGGCGCGUUAUGUUUCUCCUCGCCUAUGUACCCCAUGGUCGACGAGAAUAAGUUGUCUAUUG